UUUGGAAAUGAUCCAUCAUGUCUGCAGCCUGCAACUUCACAGAAAAUAUUUGAUCAGACCCAGUUUAUAGAAGAGACACAGAUUUCUAAGUCUCAUGUCACCACCUUAAAUCAAAAGCAUCAUCUCUGGCAGUUUUUAGAAAAUGAACUGAGGGAUGCUGUGCCGGAGAAGAAUCGCUUGAGCCUUCAGUAUGCCACUGUGUCCCCCCGAGCCCUGCAGCAUGACCAGGUAAAAUCAGACUAUGACCAUCUUCGAGAAAGCCUUCUCAGAGUGACCAAAGAACGAGAUUUGGCUGUAAGGGGAAAACACCAGCUCCAAGCCAAGCUGGAGAACUUAGAGCAGGUCCUAAAGCAUAUGCGAGAGGCUGCUGAACGGCGGCAACAGCUGGAGUUGGAGCAUGAGCAAGCCUUGGCUGUUCUCAACGCCAAACAGCAGGAGAUCGAGCUGCUGCAGAAGGCUCAGGUUGAAGCUAAGAAGGAACAUGAGGGAGCAGUUCAGUUGCUAGAGAACACCUUGGACAGCAUGCAGGCCAAGGUCCGGGAGCUGGAGGAGAAAUGCCGGACGCAGAGCGAGCAGUUUAACCUCCUGUCCAGGGAGCUGGAGAGGUUCCGGCAGCAGGCGGGCAAGAUCGACCUCCUGAGCAGCAGCUCCUUGGCACCCUCGGAUCUCUCUGGUUCUCCUGGCAAAUCCCUGUCCCAGUUAAUGAAUGGAAUAGCCACUUCUAUAGGCAAAGGUCAUGAGAGUCCUUCUGGAAGUCGCUGUGUGAUUUCAGAGUUUAUACGACCCCUUCAGAUAUCUGGAGACAAACCAGAACAACUGUCUGUCAAACCUACAUUCCUGUCCAAGUCAAGAUCUGGUACCCCAAGAUGCAGAUUUGAUUCAGACAUGGAUAAUGAUCAGAAUUCCAAUACCUCAAAGCAGAGAUAUUCUGGGAAAGUCCAUCUUUGCAUUGCCCGUUAUAGCUACAACCCUUUCGAUGGACCAAAUGAAAAUCCAGAGGCGGAGCUCCCUCUUACGGCAGGAAAGUACCUUUAUGUGUACGGAGACAUGGAUGAAGAUGGCUUCUAUGAAGGAGAACUUCUGGAUGGACAAAGAGGACUAGUCCCUUCAAACUUUGUGGAUUUUGUUCAAGACAAUGAGACCCGGUUAUCAAGCACACUCAGCAGCGAACAAGAUCAGAAUUUUAUCAACCGCUCGGGUCCUCCCUUGGAAGGUGAUCUCUUGGAGAUAAGUCCCCCAAGUCACAUAGACUCCAGCGUGAUCAGCAACGGCGCAGGGACUCUGGAUGUGAACAUUGAUGAGAUCGGAGAAGACAUUGUGCCUUAUCCUAGAAAAAUCACCCUUAUUAAACAACUAGCCAAAAGUGUUAUUGUGGGCUGGGAGCCACCGGUAGUGCCCCCCGGCUGGGGAACCGUCAGCAGCUACAACGUCCUGGUGGACAAGGAAAUCCGGAUGAACAUAGCCUUGGGAAGCAGAACGAAGGCUCUCAUAGAAAAGCUCAACAUUUCCACGUGCACGUACCGGAUAUCCAUCCAGAGCAUCACCAACAAGGGCAACUCCGACGAGCUGCAGUGCACUUUGUUAGUGGGCAAGGACGUCAUCGUAGCCCCCUCGAACCUUAGAGUGGACAACAUAACCCAGAUUUCUGCUGAGCUGUCCUGGCUCCCUACAAACAGUAAUUACAGUCAUGUCAUCUUCCUCAACGAGGAGGAAUUUGACAUUGUCAAGGCUGCUAGCUACAAGUACCAUUUUUUUAAUUUGAAGCCCAAUAUGGCCUACAAGGUGAAGGUCAUGGCAAAGCCCCAUCAGAUGCCCUGGCAGCUUCCCUUGGAACAACGAGAAAAAAAGGAAGCCUUUGUGGAAUUUUCUACAUUGCCAGCAGGUCCUCCAGCUCCACCUCAAGAUGUUGCUGUCCGGGCCGGGUCCACGCCAGGGACUGUCCAGGUGUCCUGGAAGCCCCCGGCUCUGACGGUGACGGGGACGUCCCACGGCGCCAGUGUCACAGGUUACGGUGUUUAUGCCAAAGGGCAGCGGGUGGCAGAGGUGAUCUUCCCAGCAGCAGAGAGCACGCUGGUGGAGCUGCUGAGACUGCGGAGCCUGGAAGCCAGGGAGGUGACCGUCCGAACGCUCUCUGCGCAAGGGGAAUCAGUGGACUCUUCUGUUGCUGCCAUUCCAUCUGACCUCCUGGUGCCUCCAACCCCUCACCCCAGAACUGCUCCCAAAUCUAAGCCAUUAGCAAGUGCCGGAGCCCCAGAAACCAAAGAAGAACAUUUAGGCCCACAUUUAAAAAGGGAUGAGUCAUGGGAGCAGACUCGUUCGGUGUCCCCUGUCCAUGGACACAUGCUGGAGCCACCCAAUUUCCAUGGCCCACUCCAGGGGAGGAGGUCUCCAUCCCCCAAUAGAAUCCUCCCCCAGCCUCAAGGCACUCCUGUCCCCAACACCGUCGCAAAAGCCAUGGCAAGAGAAGCUGCACAAAGAGUGGCAGAGAGCAGCAGGAUGGAGAGGAGGAGCGUGUUCAGCGAGAGGAGCAGCGCAGCCCAGUACUCCGAUGAGGAGGAGGAUGGUUACGAUUCCCCCAAGGUCAAACGAAGGGGAGCUUCGGUUGACGAUUUCCUGAAAGGGUCAGAACUUGGAAAGCAGCCUCACUACUGCCACGGGGAUGAGUACCAGACGGAGAGCAGCCGGGGCUCGGACCUGUCGGACAUCCUGGAGGAGGACGAGGAGGAGCUGUACUCGGAGAUGCAGCUGGAGGACGGCGGCCGGCGGCGGCUCAGCCUCACCUCGCACAGCGCGCUCAAGGAGUACGAUAAGAAUAAGACCACUGAAGCCACUUUUUUGGAGCAGCCUGACUUUUCACAGCAGAUACACCACAGUAAAAGGCUUUUCAGUAUCCCAGAAGUAGCUGAAGAGGAUGGCGAAUACUCUGAACUGCUGUACAAGCAGGGUUUAGGUGUGCCCUAUAAAAAGAACCCCAGAAUAGCUAGAGGCUCUAGAGCGCCCAGGCCCUGCAGUCAAGAGCAGCAGCACGGCCCGUGGCACCCGGCCCAGCCCAGGAUGCCAGGCCCGGAGGAGCUCGCCGCGGACGACAGAGGAUGCAAGUUGGGCCGCUCGGUGUCGCGGAGCCCGGACAGCGGCCUGGACUGCGGCAGCGAGGAGGACGAGUCGCGCUUCGGCCCCAGGCCCGCGUGGGAGCCCGGCCCUGCCUGCGCCUGCCGGAGGGGCCCGCGGCCGCUGCUGGCCCGCAGGAGAACCCUGACCAGGCAGAGCAGCAUCGAGGAGGAUUUCGGGGAGCUGGGGCCUUCCUUUGUGGAGCCCAGGAGCGACCAGGCCAAGCCCAGUCACGAGAGGAAGUGCGAAGUUCAGAGAGGCCGCAGAGCAGAGCGCUUGUCUAACCAGGACGUUCAGGGGGGCUGGAAGACCAACUUUAAACCAGCUGACUCUAGGGCAGCUGCUGUCCUUGCAAAGCCAUUCCACAGAGAUGCAGAAGACUCUCUGCUUUUAGGUAACCCAGCCUCUGCAGGACGGCCUGAAAGGGUGGAGCACGCAGGGCGAAGGUCCUCCCACGGCAGUGCAGUGCCACAGAGGUCUCGGCCAGUGUUGGUCCCUUCCAUUGAUGGCUACGGCGGUCAUGAUCAUCUUUCUCCGGAUAUUUAUGAAGAAUCUGAAACAGAUCCUGGCACAGAAGAUAUUUCUACUCGAAUAUUUGUUGCACUCUUUGACUACGAUCCACUGACCAUGUCCCCGAACCCUGAUGCUGCAGAAGAGGAGCUGCCAUUUAAAGAAGGACAGAUCAUUAAGGUGUAUGGGGACAAAGAUGCUGAUGGGUUUUACCGUGGAGAAACCUGUACAAGAAUUGGCCUUAUCCCAUGUAAUAUGGUCUCUGAGAUACAAGCAGAUGAUGAAGAGAUGAUGGAUCAGCUUCUUAAACAAGGUUUCCUUCCCUUGAACACACCAAUUGAGAAAAUUGAGCGGAGCCGGCGGAGCGGCCGGCAGCAGCCGGUGACCACCAGGAGGAUGGUGGCACUCUAUGACUACGACCCCAGGGAGAGCUCUCCCAACGUGGAUGUGGAGGCCGAGCUGACGUUCUGCACUGGGGACAUCAUCACCGUCUUUGGUGAGAUUGAUGAAGAUGGAUUUUACUACGGUGAACUUAACGGACAAAAGGGGCUGGUUCCUUCUAACUUCCUUGAAGAAGUGCCUGAUGAUGUUGAAGUCUUUCUCUCCGACGCACCCUCGCGCUACGUCCAUGACACGCCGAUGCGAUCGAAAGCAAAAAGGAAGAAGAGUGUUCAUUUCACACCUUAAUAAGGCAAUGUAGCCUUCACGUAAGUGAGCAACUGAAGAUACCAAUAGAGAUUUCAAUUAAAGCUACCUGGCUAUCUAAUGCAAGUCUUGAAACUUAAUUGUGGGGGAAAAGAAAAGAAAUAUGUCUCCAAAACCCUUGGCCACAGAAGAACAGGCUGUAUGCCUUUACUGUACCUAGGCAAGUCAACUCCUUUCCUAGGAGACAAAUCCUAUAAAACAGGAAUCCUCAGAAGUUGAUUAGACCUCACUUUUUAUGAAGGUCAGCGUUUGGAACAUAUUUCUUCCCGAGCUCAGUGUUUAUGUUUACAUAGAAAGGAGAGUUUGAUGUCUAACUACCCUACAACCAAAGCUGCAUAUUGCAUUGUUAGCCAAGCUGGGAUGUAAAAAUUCCAAGCUCCUUUGUCAAGAGAAAAGCACAACAGCUCCAACCCCUCCCGAAACAGCAGCGACGCCUACACUGGCACGGACGGUAGUUUACAAGGGGAUAGUUGGUUUGAAACUCACUACACUCAAAUAUAGCUACUGAAAUUGUCUGCCUUAAAAUGUGUUUUCCACAGUCGAUUAUACCCCAGUUUGCCUAAGACCAACUAUUCAACACUUCUGAAAAAAGUCCCUUCCUAUGGUACGAUUCUCUCGGAUCUUUCCUAGCAAGUGUACCUUUGCAAUAUUAGCAACUGUUUGGUUUACCAAUGCAAUAAAAGUCUUGACCUGAACAUGCAGCUCACUGAAUGAAUGCAUUAGACUCAAUAUCUGGUAUCUUCAGGUGUACGUUGGGGUGCUUUACCAAGUUGUUUUGGUUUCUGUUUUCUUUUUUUUUUUUUUUUUCAUUAGAAUUAGACCUUGAUUUAAAAUCAAAGUAGGCUUGAAGCCCCUUUGCUUAACUCACUGUUGCACAACGAGCCAGUAAAUUGCUGAUGUUUUAACUUGAACUACAAGCUAGCAGGACUCCCUACAGCAUGGAUUCUACUAUGAAAAUGUCAUCUUAAUUGAUAGUAACCAUUUUGCCACCUGGGCACUGUAGUUAGGAUAGGCUGAGUAGAAGUAAUUUUAGCAUUUUCAUCCAAGUGCUUUUGAUGACUGAAAAAAAAAUAGUUGUUCGAAAUAUUUAGGAAUGCUGUCAUCUAACAGCUUCAUAGCUGCAGCAUACACAUCAAGCGCUCAGGGUCUUUAAGCUUUCUUUGAUUGCAAUUAAGGUUCAUUUUAGCUUUUUCUUUUUCCUUUUUUUUUUUUUUAAGCCAGUGUGCCAUCUUCUCUAAUCUAUACAUAAAGUUUGCUAGCCAAUUUUAAAGAAAAGGCAUUUAAAGGACAUUAAAAAGUAAGUGAUGUAGCAUUUUAAGUAAUUUCUUCUGAAAAGAGUUUGACUUCUAUAGAUUGCUAAUCUGUAGUGAUUAACACAUUUAUUUUUCCUAAAUCUAUAGCUAAAAGUAUCCCUCUCCAUUUUAGUACUAUCAGAGUACUGAAAUGUAAAACCAAAGCCAAUUUUGUGGCUUUUGUGGCCAGAAUUAUGGCAAAUCAAGUGUAUCCAACUUUUCCUUUAAAAAGGUAUAACCAAAACUGGGCUUUAUUGGUGGGUUUUCUAUUUCUAUAAAUUUUUUCUCUAAGUUGACGUAUUUUCUAUAAGCCCAUGCAGUAUUUUAAGCCAGAGAGAAGAAAGAAACCAGCCCUUUUGCUUUAAGUGGGUAAUGGGACAAGUGAUGUUACCAACUUUCUUGCUAAUAAUGGCUUUGAAGCUUUCGAACAUUGAAUAAAUGAUAACAAUGUACCUAAUAGGUUCCUCCUGAGAAUACAGGUACAUCCCGGAGAGCACCAUCCCCCACAGUUCAUCUCCAUUCCGGGUCACCUCCGUCACCUAUGAUGGGCUCUGGUAGUCCCGGGAGAGGCAGGGAUAUGUCCUCGAAAAAGAAAAAGGGGCUGCUUUCCAAAGGCAAGAAACUGCUGAAAAAGCUUGGUGCAGUGAAAUGAGUCAUGUGCUCCUGGACAACUUGUAAAGCUUCCAGUCUGUGUAUUUUUUAUUUUUUUUUUAAGUCAAAACUAGGGCUUUCAUGACUAUGCAGUACUUUACCAGAUCUUUGCAUUUCUAACUCCGACAUCAAUAGAAUAAUGUGAAUUGCUUAAUCGAAACAGAAGAAAAAAAGGAAGUGGAUUUGUUGUUGCAAAAACUCCUAAAAAAAAUUUUUUUUUAAUGUUGUGAGAUUAAGACCAGAAGAACAUGGUUUUAUUUGAAGUUAACUCAACACCUGCAACUCCAUUGGAAAAAUCUCAGCCUUUAGUCUCCUUUAACCAUGAGUGGGGGGAGAAAACUCUUCAGUGAUUCCUGGUUCACAGAGAUCACCCCACUGUAUCUAAUCAUUAACAAAAAUGGUCUUGAAACUCCUAGUUUAAUCAGCCUUGAUGUUUUGCCUUAUUAAUGCACAAUGAUUUGUACUGUCGAAUAAAUAUGCAGCGUAUACUUUGUAUGUACUGUGUAUUCAGCUGUCUCCAUCUUCCCUCCACCACGGUAACUGGAGAUCAGUACUCUGUCACUGACUCCAUUCAAUGUCUGAUGAACUCCUGGGAGUUUGGAAGUGCUGUGCUAAACACGUUUUAGUUUUUGCUCCCCCCCAGUAAAAAACAAAGCCUGUAUUAAUUUGUCAACAUUUUCACUGCACUGAAAGCAGACGCAGUGGAAGUUACUCAGAACCUCACCCAGUUUCAACCAUCCAACCUCCAGCUUUGGGGUUUCUGGUUCACUGUUCUAAGCUACUGGGAAAAAACCAACUCCACACCAAAACCCCUUUACUCCCCAAGUUUUGUUUCUGUGGAGGUGCAGUCCUAGGUUCAAAGGCAUUUUCAUAUUGCUGAUGUCAGAUUCAGGCUAAAGUACGUCUAAAGUAAAAGGACAAACUGUGUUACAGCCACAGGCAGUAACGAGGCUGCACCAGGCUCUAGUCAAAUCUCAAUUGCAAUAUUGGCAUAUCACAAAAAACAAUCUUACACACUGAUGGCAGUCAUUGGCUGUUACUGUUUUGUAAUUCUUGUCCAUUUGUAAAUUGUUUUUACUGUUUAUACAUACUUUUCAGACUGCCUUUCUUUUUGUAAUUUAUGGAAGGUUUAUAAAUGAAUGAUCAAAGCUUCCCCAUUGUGUCUUCAGAUAACAAUGUAAAUUACUGUAAAAUACUGUGUGCUAGAUUAUAACAUUUAAUUAAAGAAAAUAACUGGCCUACAUUUGUGGUAAAGUACUGUGUGGGUGUGUGCAUGUGUACAAUCGUUGUGUAUUAUAUUUUAUAUAAAUAAAUAAUUUGAUAUUUUGUA